UUGGCCCAAAUCCAGAAAACCACUGUAGCCCUAAAAAUUGAUAUGCUAACAUACGCAGCACAUCCAGUCUCAUAUACAAAUACAAAAGUUUAAAAUCAGAGCCAGUUUGGCUGUGAAAAACCCCCUCUCUUACAACAAUGGCGGAAGCAUCAUGUGCAACAGAAAGCUCGCACCCCAAUGCAAAAACAGAUACAAUCUGUGAAGGGUGUAAAAAAAAGCCUUCAAAAUACAAGUGCCCAGCUUGCUCCAUACGUUCUUGUAGUCUCCCUUGUGUUAAAGCUCACAAGCUAUCCACUGGUUGUACUGGCAAAAGGCAGCUGACCCAGAUCAUUCCUUUGUCCAAAUUUGAUGAUAAUCUUCUCAUUUCAGACUAUAAUAUGCUUGAGGAUGUGAAGAGAGUCGCUGACUCUGCUAAGAGAAAGAGAACUAAGCUUUGUGGAAAUUAUCAGUACAAACUCCCAUUUCCUCUUUUCAAUCUUCGAAAUGCUGCAGAAAGCCGGAGGACCAAAAUACUCUUUCUUUCUACUGGAAUGUCAAAGAGGCAAACUAAUCAAACUUUUUAUGACCAAAGGAAAAAGGUUAUUUCAUGGACAAUUGAAUGGAGGUUUCAUUCUACAGAUGUUGUACUACAUGACCACAGGGUGGAUGAGAAUAAAAGCUUGUCAUCGGUUAUCAUGAAUCAUCUUGAACCUGGCCCUUGGAAUCAUGGGUUGAAGCAAUUCUGUAAGGAACCAUUACAGUCUCUAAAAUUUUUCAUCCGGAAAUUUCACAAGGGUCCAAAGUCACCUUUCCUCGAGUUAGAUAUAGAUGCAUCAAUACGCGAGCAGUUGGCAGACUUAGUUAUUAUCGAGUACCCUGUUAUCCAUGUUUUCCUCCCUUCUCAUUAUUAUGAUUUUGAAGUUAUCAAAGCUGCUAUUCGUCAGAAGCUGGAUCUGAAGAAACCAAUAGAGAACCACGAACGAAGUCCAAAAGGAGUGCCCUUUAGAGAGGAGGAAAUCAUUGAGGAAAAUUCUGCGGAUCCUAAGGUUCUUGAUCUAAUGAAAUAUCCCAAGCAAGAUGGAAUUGACAACACUUCCCAUCAAUCUACUGGAACUGAGGAACAAGUAACAGACAAGCUCGACAGCGUAUCAUGUGCACCAAGUGAACGAGUGAUAAAAAUAGAAAAGAAUGAUAUUCGCUCUGACAAGACUGAAGAGGGGCAGCUGGAUUUUAGCGUCAAUUCUACCGUAGCAGAUCUAUUAGAAAAUAUGGACUUUGAAUUUGAGCAAGGUUUAAUAGAUUCGUACUCAGAUCUGAUUUCAGAGUCAAAUCUUGACGAAGUUUUUGAUCUUGACGGGGUGUUUAAGCAGGAAUUGGCUCUAGUUGAAAGUACUGGCCAGCUGAACGUGGAGGAAUUAGAGGAAGGAGAAAUAUCUGGAUAAUAUAUACUUGAUGUUUGCAUUUGCAGAGGUUUGGAAUUGUGUUUCUUGCAGAUUCCAACCUGAGAGAAAUUCUGUCUGUUUGCUAAAUUUUUUUCAACUGAUAUCUGUUGGUCAAUAUUGAGCUCUGACAAUAGGAAGCAACACAGAUGAAUUUUUUGGUUAGAUGUUAUUUAACUGGUCGUAAACAGUGUCUAGCAGUUGCAUGUUCAUCCCCGUUUUCAGGUGUCCGAUGACUUGUAAGCAGUCCAUGGUCUUUCAGCAUCGAUUGGGCCGAGGCCAACUAUAUGUAAUCAACAAUCUUGCAACUGCUACGGUUUUGUCCUGUAAUUUUGUGCUCCAACAAUUUGAUUGGAGAUAUAAUCCAAAUAUCAACCUGUGAUGAACAUUCACCUGCUUAGCAUCAGGUGUACAUUAUCUCUUGGAGAGUUUCUUAUUUUGAAUCAGGAAGUGAUUCUUAAGUAUCGUAUCUGAAACCUCAAAUAUGGAAUGUGUUAGAACCAAAGUUCUGCCGGUUCCGAAGGCCUGUAAGCAACCUGAAAAGAAUGCGAAGGAUUGUCCCCCAGAUUCACCUCCGGCGUGAGAAUAAGUUAGUGGCUCUAGGGUGGAUAAUAGAGAACUGCAAGCGUAUGAAAGUGUAUGUGUGUAAGUGAAUAAUUUACUCAUAAUUUUCCAGCUAUUUAUAGGAGGACUUUUGUUUGUAA